AUGCUUCUGUUUUUUCAGUCGGCCAGUCGAGCUGGGAGUCAUCUCCCACGAAUCCGACUCGAUGGAGGAUUCCGCUCAUUCUGGAAGCAUUGGCGUUCAAAUGUCUCUUGCUCCCAACCAUGUUCCAGUUCCGAUUCGCGAAGCGGAUUCCAUGUAGGCAGUCUUGGUGUGAUGUCAAGCUUCCGCAAAUCUUCCAGAUUCCCUUAUGUGCUGAAAGAGGAAACAGUCGAGGAACUGCGAACCGACUCGAUGCCAUCAACAGGUGUUCCUCAGCGAUCGUCAACGCUAAAAUUAUCCAACAGUCGACCGCGAAGUUUGUUUCUCAUCAAUUCAAUUUUGCAUUCACUAAAAUUGCACUUAUUGUUCAUUGUGCUGGAUGGGUCUCUUGAGGAAAGAGGACAACUGAUCCAGUCAGUAAACUUCGCCAUUAAUCUGAGAAUGUGUUCCUCCAUCAAGUCAUGA